UACUGUCACAGUCGUUAUCCACGUUCCUAAAACAACGUUUCAUUCUUCAGGGCUUUAUCCUCCAGACUAGUCUACAUCCUCUGGACUUCACUUAAACUUCAUCUUCUUGACUUCACUUAUAGACUUCUAAACUUCAUCUUCUAGAUUUCACUUAGACUCCAUCCUUUAGAGCAAGUGCAAUAUGCAUAUCUCCACUAUUUGCCUACUGACUAUUUUUCUCCCCAGCAUUGCGGUAGGAGUAUUAGAAGUAAAUAUGCAGGAAUCUAAAUCAUGGGCCGAGUUUGAAUCCAUGAUGAAGGGAGGUGGCUCGUAUUGCUUGACUCUUCUUUAUGAUUUUGACAAAAACGAAUUGGCAGAUGUUGAGGCUUUUUGCGAUAUUUACCCAACUGUCAAAUGCUACUAUGGAAUGGAAGGUGCAGAAAAUCGUCAUCAACCAGAUACUUCAUUCAAUACACAUUUCCGGAACUCAGCAACACCUUUUUUGGCUUUCUUCAAGAAUGGUCAACAGGUAACCGUCAUUGGACAUACUGUAACGGGCAUUAAUGGUACUGACUUUAAGGCAGGAUUCGAAGCCGUGAAGUAAUGUAUCACAUGUGCUA